AUGGAGCAGCAGAGAGCUGUUUCCAACAAGGAAUUGUUUCCGACGUUUGCCAGGACGAGACCGGGAGAGAUCCAGAUAUCAAAGUCGGUGGCGUCAGUGCUGAGGACAUUCGGCUGGCAUAAGGUGGUGCUGCUACACACGGAUGUUCCUAGGUUGAAGGAUGUAGCCAACACCGUCGCCAAGGUACUGGAGGAGAAUGACAUACAGGUGACGGCGCAGCUGUCGUGGGAAGGCACCUACUAUCACAUCUACUUCGAAAACCCGUUCGUAAAGUUAGUAGAUGACACUUACAUAGACACACGCAUCUACGUGGUCGUGGGGGACCCGCACGAGUAUGCCGGUAUCAUGGAGUACAUGCAACAGAAGGGACUGUUCGCACGUGGCGAGUACUUUGUUGUCGGAGUCAUACUGGAGCAAUACGACAUGCAAGCUCCCGAGAAAUACGUCAAAGGAGUGUUUCAGGGCAAGGCGACGCCUGUCCUCCAGGAGGCGUACCGAUCGUUUCUCGGCAUCGCAAUAGCGCCACCUAUCUACCCGCUGUAUGAGACAUUCCGCAAGCAGGUGAACCAGUAUCUGGAGAUGACACCGUUCUACUUUCACAACACGCUCUACUCCAUUGGUCGACUCAAGAUGCCAGUGAUGAAGAUCGCUGGCUAUUCGAUCACGAUUAUCAUUGCUGCUAUGACUGGGGCAGGUGCGAUGGGUUACAUGGUGCACAUGGAUCACAAUGGAGAUGCCGAGGGAAACUACACGCUCAUAGCGCGCAAGAGCUUACCGAACGGAACCGAGGCGUACGGACUUAUGCCCGUGGGGAACUUCCAGCUAAAUGCCGACAACGCAAGCACAUUACCUGACCUAAAGCUUCACUCCAACGACAGCAUAGAGUGGAUAUCGGGACAUUGGCCCAUCGACGAGCCAGAGUGUGGAUUCAGGAACGAGAAGUGUCCUGUAGAGAAGUCCUGGCUUCCUGAGAUCCUAGGCUCGCUUGGUGGUGCCUUACUCAUCUUUGUCAUCAUCCUGGGGUUCGUCUACAGAAACUGGCGAUACGAACAAGAGUUGGCAAGCCUUAUCUGGAAGGUCGAUUACAAGGACAUCGCCAUGGUGACGGACUUUACAAGCACGUUACUGAGUAACAACACUGGUAACACCAUGACCCGGAUGAGUUUGAAUAUGCGGUCGAGUCAGAUGUCACUCAUCUCGUGUCAGGAUCAGGAAGGAAACGAGCUUAUGCGUACGACGCAGGUGUUCACCCCGAUAGGAACCUACAAGGGCACUGUCGUCGCCCUGAAGGCCAUAGAGAAGCGCCAUCUAGAUGUCACCAGGAGCAUCCGCAAGGAGCUGAAGAUGAUACGGGACAUCCGGCAUGACAAUAUCAACCCGUUCGUGGGAACCUGCAUAGAUGGACCCAAGAUACUCAUUCUCAGCGAGUACUGCUCAAAGGGGAGCUUGCAGGAUAUAUUGGAGAAUGAGGAGAUUGGGUUGGACAACAUGUUCAUUGCAUCGCUGGUAGCUGACAUCAUCAGGGGGAUGAUAUAUCUGCACAACAGCCCGCUGCGUUCUCACGGCAAUCUAAAGUCGACCAACUGCGUCGUAGAUUCACGCUGGGUCCUUAAGAUCACUGACUACGGCCUGUUUGAGUUCAAGGCGGGAGCAGAACCCGUGCAUGAAGGCGACAGACUAUUCCAGAAUAUGCUAUGGACGGCUCCAGAGCUGCUACGCGACCACAGCCGCCCGCUGUGUGGCACUCAGAAGGGAGACGUAUACUCAUUCGCCGUCAUCCUGUAUGAGGUGUAUGCACGCGUGGGACCGUGGGGAGAGAUUGCCCUCACUUGUGAAGAGAUCGUCCGCCAGGUGGAGAACCCGCGCGCUGGGCAGCAGGUCUUGAGGCCGAGCAUCAAGCAGAUUUACAACGUGGUGCCGGACUGCGUACAUGACUGCAUGCUCGAAUGCUGGGCCGAGGACCCGCUAGUACGACCCGACUUCAAGACCAUCAGAAGCAAACUAAAGCCAAUGCAGAAGGGCAUGAAACCAAAUAUAUUCGAUAACAUGAUAGCAAUGAUGGAAAAGUAUGCGACGAAUCUAGAGAGCCUCGUGGAGGAACGGACAGAUCAACUGGUCGAGGAGAAGAAGAAAACUGAGGCUCUGCUCCUACAGAUGUUGCCCAGUGAUGCCGGCUUGAAUUUCCGGGAUCAUGAUAAUUCCUGGGAUGUGAAUCGGUUGGUUCUGUGUUGCAGCGGCUGCGUAGAUCGUUAUCAUCAUGAUUCCAACGUAUCUGUAAAAACAGUGUGCGAGACGCAUAGAGCUAGUCCUAGGUUACACUUGUCUAUAGCAAUGAAGAUACACUGCAGCCCGCAGUGCGCCGAGCUGCUAUUGGAACUGGGAGGCUACCUGACACAGCUGAGAGGUGUGCUCAACAUAAAGGGUAAAGGCGAGAUGAAGACGUACUGGGUGAUCGGCGAGGACCUCAGCAUCAGGGAGCGGCGGCAGGAACCCUUCCGACCCCAGGGCGUCGAGAUGUCGACCGCCUCCAUCAUCUCCUCCUCCUCCUCGCGACUCUCCCCCCGCGCGCACGCCGUCCGAUUUUCCGACGCCGGCGCCCCCACACUGCCCAACGGCGAACUAAGGACGAGCACUACGUCGCUGAAGAGUUCUCCCAGCUGCUCCACGUUGCGGACCGGCGCCGGCACGCCCCCUGCCGCCGCCGACAAGCACAAACGACACAGUCUUCCUACGUCGCGGUCGCUGCUGCCGCCGAUAAAGUCCAUGCAGGGCGUCUACAGCCACCUGGCUGGGUCACCGGUCAGGGUCAAGGUCAAACAGAUCGGCGUCAAGUUCGUGACGACGCGGCUGAAGAUCAGUAAUGCGGGGGCAGAUGGCGCCACGUUCGUGGAGGAGCUGAGUCAUGGGCAGCCGACAGUCGACGAGCUGUGUCACAAGGAAGGCGACGGAGAGAGCGUAGUGUGAGUGCGCGAAGGACAACGACAGUCAACGACUAGUAACGAAACCGUGAAUGGCGAAACUGGGGUCAAAUAUUAGUAACAGCGCUGCGUGCGUAGGUCAAACACCAGUAACAGUGCCGCCAAGGGUGGGACAGAGAUCAUGUUCUCAGUAACAAUGCUGCAAAGCACACCGCGAAAAUAAUACAUCAGUUUUGAUACUAUGAAACGUGUGGCAAAAGUCAAAUACCAGUAACAAUGUUGUGAGUGUGGAGGAGAAGGGCAAAUAGUGGGGAAAAACUGAUUAGGACGCAUGAAGGACUAUGAAUACCUACUAGUAACGUAACUGUAUUACUGGAAAAGGUCAAAUACGAGUAAUGACACCGUGUAGGACGCGGUGAAGGUCAAAUGAUGGCCGCCUCCCAACAAUGAACGGGUGGGCGUCAUGUUCAGAUAUUUUGUUAACUGUAUAAGUUCAUGUACUUCUGCGUGUAUGUCUGCGUGUAUUCAUUACGAGACGCAUUAUCCAUUCUUCAGUCGUUCCUCUGUUGUAACAAGUUUCUGUGUUAGUUAAUAAUACUGCAAGUCUUUUCUGGCUUGGUUAUCGUUACGUAUAAACGAAGACAACAUCAGUAAUACCCAAAUCAUUACCAUACGUUAAUAUGUAUUAUGGAAAAGCUGCGUUAACAUUUGUGAAUACUUUAGUUUGAGAUUUUAAAAGAAUGCUCUUGAUAAAGUACUUAAAUGUCCUUAUAUUUUUGACACUUGCAUAAAUAUCUAAAAUAUAUCGUAGUUAUUAGAUGAUUCUACCUUGCAAGCACUAAAGUGGAAGGAUGGAGUUAGAUUAAAGACACCAGUCAUAUUAGCACAUGUUCUUGCGUAUAGACACUCGAAAAAGCGGAAACUGGUGUUCUAGCGAUAAGACGCGGAUGAUAAUUUUGCUAACAGUUGACCGUAUUUCAAUGACAAUAAUGAAUACCCGUAUAUUCACCUAUUUCAUUUCUGAAGUUCUGAGGAAAUAACAGCUAAGCAUGCACUCGUGGGCUGCGGUCCAUUGUUGCGACAAUCGAUAAAGAUCAGGUAAAUCCAUUUGUCUGUGUUUAAAUGCUGGAACAGUGUAUGAUGUUUUCUUGUAAAUAAUGAAAAGUUACUCUAAUUUGAUGAGUUCUCUUAUGAAGUGUCAUAUGAUUUACGGUGAGUAUUAAGUUACUCCCUUUACUUGCACCUCGUACUCCGAUUACGCCCCUCCCCGAACUUUACGAAUAUCCUAGCUCAAGCAACAUACCCGAGUGAAAAGGCCACGAGAUUUUUAGUAGAAAUAGGUAAUAAAACAACUUUACAAAACGCGUGGAUGUUCGGCAAAUGUCGGGAG